AUGAUUUUUGUGCUUUUUUUUAUUGGACUGGCAGCAGCGCUGCCACUGUUUGGCCACCAGUACCGUCUAAUUUCUCUGCAGCCCAAUGAGCUUACAAAGGUGACGGAGACCGAGUGGUGGCGGCUGAAGCAGCAGAACACGCAGUUUCUGGACCUCACCGCCCGGUAUCCCACAUUGCUGGAACCCAUGAGAGAAGGUCAAUCGGUCAGCAUUGCUCUGGAAAAACCCGUGGUAGUGUACAAUUAUCCCAAUGGGUCCGAGUUCCACCCGAAAGAGGUCAACGCGCUGCUCGCGGAUAUCGAUCCUUCCAAUAUCCACGGAACAUUGAAGGAGCUCAGCUCGUUCAAGUCACGGUAUUACCAGUCAGAAAAAUACCUGGACUCUUCCGUCUGGGUUUAUGGCAAGCUUGUGGGCUAUGCGAGUGGCAGAGAGAACUACAACUUGACCGUGGUCAAUCACGAGAAGUUCCCGCAAUCGUCGUACAUUUUGCAGAUAAAGGGCACCAACGGUUCUGACGAAAGGCCGACAAUCGUCCUUGGAGCACACAUCGACUCAAUGAACUUGGUGCUGCCCUCUUUCCUGCCCGCUCCGGGCGCAGACGACGACGGUUCUGGCGUGGUGACACUGCUGGAGACGCUGCGGAUCGUGACGGAGCACGGGCUCGCUUUUCCUAAUAACAUCGAGUUCCAUUUUUACGCGGCGGAAGAGGGCGGCAUGCUUGGUUCGCUGGAUAUUUUCAACGCGUAUUUUCUGCAGAAAAAAGUGGCUGCCAUGCUCCAGCAGGACAUGACGGGCUACGCUGCAAAGUCGCUCCGAAAAGGACACCCGGAGCACUUCGGACUCAUCACCGACUACACCUCGCCGUAUCUGAACGAGUUUCUACGACAGGUGAUUGAGACGUACUGCCAAAUCCCUGUUUUUGAGACCACGUGCGGUUACCCUUGUUCCGACCACUACAGCGCAUACAUGAACGGGUUCCCAGCCGGAAUGGUAGCAGAAGCCCAGCGUGAGUAUUGGAACCCGUACGUGCACACGACGGGCGACACGAUCGACAAGUUGAGCAUGCUACACAUAGCGGAGCACGUUAAGCUUUGUCUGGGCUACGUCUACGAACUGGGAGGGUAUUUAUUUGAGUGA